CUAUUCUACUUCAAAUAUUUUACUCUUAUAAAACCCUGAAAAAACCCCAAAACCCUCAAUUUUAAUUUCCAAUCCCUAGUUCUCUGCACAAUGGAAGGAGUACAGAAAUUUUUUCGCGACAUUUCAAACGACAUUAAAAAAUCAGGAAUUUCAAAUUCCUCAGUUACUGAGAAUCCAUACAGUUUCAAUUCAAAACAGGGAUUAACCGCCUCCGUUGCUUUACCUUCUUCCGAUCAAUCUCGUGUUCUAGUCUCUAAACCUCUCAGGCAAACGGUUUCAUUGUUGACCUGCUCAAAGCUAUGCACAUUUUUCUUUAUUGCCGGAGUUAUUGUGGGUUACACGUUAAAGAGACGAGUUCGUGGCUGGGCUUCGAAGCUUCUCAAGAAACUCAGAGAUGACUGAUGUCGAACAAACAUCCUUUUGAACACUGCAGGUUGAAAUAUUAAUCUGAUUAGGUAAACAGAUAGGACUCGAAAUCUUGCUGGAUGACAAUUUGUUAUAUUAAUUUUUUGCUGGUUUAAUCAUAAUCUUUUAUGCUGUA